GCGACUUGUGGCGCGCUCCUCUACUCGCAGCUCGAGCUUCGUUGACAGGCUCACUUCUAAACGCUGCCUUAAAGAGAGGCAACGUAUCGGUAACCGCUAAGUGGAAACUUCACCGGGAUACUUCACUGACAGGUCACACGUUUACUCUCCGGUCAUUAGACUUUCCGUUGAUUUAUCCUACAUUUCUCGCUGAAGCGUCCGUUCAAUAGAUCUAGAAUAGAAAUACAACUGUCUUGGACUCUGGCUUGGGGGUGUUGUAGGCUCGUGGCGUUAACAGGUAGAAGAGGUAAGCUUGUGUUCACGUUCUUUGCCAGUAAGGGAAGCGCGAGGCGGAUUGUUCUUGCACUCCACAGACAGGCAACGAGAAAGGAAGAGUAGAUGCUGCACGUGCAGUAGCUAAUGGGGAUCCUAAUAAACUAAUCUAAACAGGUAGCCUACAUUCUCACCAACAUCAAUUUCCAGGUCAUAUUACCUCCGCGCAUCUGAUUGACUUUUGAAGGACGUUUGAUUGGUUGAUGUAAUGCCCAUAUAUAUCAUCGAUCGAAAAUUUUCAGAGAUUCCUGGUGAGGCGUUACAGCCAGCAGCUGAAGGAGUGUUGAGCAUGGUGGAGACCGUCCCCCCUAAAUGCAAGAAGCCCCGCUGGACCUCUCUGGAGAUCGGCCUGCUCACCAUCGUCUCCCUCCUCUUCAUCGUAAUAUUGGCCCUCAUCGUCCUCUUCGCCACAAAGAGGACUGACAGUGAUGGUGUCUGCACCACGGCGGACUGCACUCAGGCAGCGUCUCGUCUGAUAGAGAACAUGGAUGCCAAUGUGGACCCGUGUGACAACUUCUACCAGUACGCCUGUGGAGGCUGGUUGAAGAAGAACAUCAUCCCAGAGACCAGCUCCCGAUACAGCACCUUCGACAUCCUACGAGACGAACUGGAGGUGGUCCUGAAAGAUGUUUUGGAGAAAAGCGUGGAGGGGGAGGCCAGUGCCCUCACUAAAGCCAAGACCCUCUACAGAUCCUGCACCAAUGASAGUCAGAUUGAGAAAAGGGGCGGAGCUCCUUUACUAGACAUGCUCCCUAAUGUAUUUGAGUGGCCAAUAGCAACAGACAACUGGGAGAGAGACUAUGGUGAAAGAUGGAAGUUGGAGGAUGCCAUUGCCAGACUAAAUGAGAAAUACGGAACUCAUGUCUUGGUUAACUUUUUUAUCGGCACUGAUGACAAAGACUCCAAUUCACACAUCAUUCAUUUUGACCAGCAAACCAGCCUUGGCCUCUUAUCCAGAGAUCACUAUAGCUGUACUGGGUCCUAUGCAGAGCCAUGUAGAGCAUACAAGCAGUUCAUGAUAGACGUGGCCAAGCUGAUCCGCACCGACCGCAGCCUGGUGGUCAACGAGACCCAGAUCAGAGAYGAGGUCACCAGGGUCAUUGAGCUGGAGAAGGACAUCGCCAAUGCCACUGAUACUCCAGAGGACCGUAACAACCCAGUUCUCCUCUACAACAACAUGGAGCUGGGUGUUCUCAAUGCUAACUUCAGCCUGGAGGUCGACACACAAGUGUUUAACUGGAGUGACUUCACCAGGAAGAUCAUGGGGACGGUCGGCAUCACUGUGCUUGACACAGAGCGUGUCAUCAACUACGCACCUAACUACUACAGACGACUCAACCCCGUCCUAGCCAAGUACACUAAGAGAGACCUGCAGAAUUACAUGGUGUGGCGUUUUGUCAUGAACAUGGUGGUGGGUCUGAGCAGGCAGUACAGGGACACCAGGAAAGCCUUCCGCAAGGCGCUGUACGGUACCACGUCGGAGGCAGCGGUGUGGCGGCAGUGUGCCAUCUACGUCAACAACAAUAUGGACAACGCAGUAGGAAGACUGUACGUAGAGGAGGCCUUCUCUGGGGAGAGCAAAGAACUGUGUUUCCAGCAGGCAUCUACAGCCUCGUUCUUCGUAAAGGCAGACCAAGUCUUGAUUUUUGGCGGUAUCGGCAUGGUGAUGGACAUGAGAUCACUCACGGGUUCGAUGACAACGCCAAAGUGCUGGAGUAUAGAGCCAAAACAACAAAUGUUUCAGACUGUAUUGAUCUGUGUUUUUUUUCUUUUCUGUAAGCAGCUCAAUGGGAAUAACACUCUGGGAGAGAACAUUGCAGACAACGGUGGCAUUCGCCAGUCGUACCAGGUGUGGUGUGGAACACAUCGACCACAACAAGCUGUCAACUCCAUCAAAGUAGAAGUACACAGUCCAGGGAAGUUCAGGGUCCUGGGGUCUCUCCAGAACUUCCCAGAGUUUGCCAAGGCCUUCAACUGUCCCAAGAACAGCUACAUGGUGCCUGACAAUAUCUGCCGAGUCUGGUGAUACUGUAGUCUUGACACUAGCCUGCCCUGAGGCUGGUAGGGGGUGAGAAGUGGGCUUGUGUCCUCUUCCCCUUCCUAACCACCUCACCUUUCCCACUGACUGUUAGAGCACUAGUCUGGAACAGGGGUAUGUUCUAGUCCCAGUCCUGCAGGGUGGACCAGGACUGCUACACUGACUACAGAACAAACAGAUUCAAUGGACUACAGAGUGCUGUUCAUAGCCAGCUCCCAGACUCUUCACCAGAUCAGCCAGGUCAAUGCUUUCCACGGGAUACAGUCACGUCAAUUCACAAUCUUAUUUUUUUUUUUUUGUGUGUUUGAAAAUGUACUUUUCAAUUCUACUUUUUUUUCCCCCUGCUGCAUUUCAAUCAUGAUUAAUUAUUUUAUUUGUAUACAAAAUGUGAGACUAAUUUGAGCAUCUUGAACAACAGACAAAUAUCCACUUAUUCUAAACUGUAGCUCUGUUUGUCCAAAAUUCUAUUUGUUUUACACUGAGGUGGGCCUCAAUAUAAACCAAAAUGUACACUAUAUCAAUACAUUCUAGAUCAAUAUACGUUGACAGUAAUCAAUAGUCACACUAGGGGGAUUCUAUUCUAUUGUAUAUUUAAGAAAAUCACAUUUUUAUUUUACUGAAUAUACACCAAUGAGUAUAAUAAGCAUUUCAUAAAUGUUUUUCUGUAUAUGUUAAAUGUUUCUAAAUGGAUGCCAACUAUUUAUGUCUACAAGCAUUGCACCAAAAAUGUAAGUUGUUGCCUUGGAAUCAGUUGGGUGACUUAGCUGGUCAGGAAUUGACAUGCAUCAAACAUAUUUUUAUUUUACAGCAAGAAUGUGACCAUGAUUCAAACUGCUCUGUCCAGCAGAGGAGGCUGGUGGGAGGAGCUAUAGAAGGACGGUCUCAUUGUAAUGGCAUCAAUGGAAUGGUACCAAACACGUGGAAACAACACGUUUCACUCCGUUUCCAUUUUAUUCCAUUCCAACCAUUACAACUAGCCCGUCCUCUUAUAGCUCCUCCCACCAGCCUCCUCUGGUGUUCAGUAUGUGUGUGUUUUUGUAUUUUGGAUGUGUGAUUUUAUCCGGAUGUAACCACUACAUUUUUCAAAAAACUGAUGAAGCCUUGCAUGAACCAUGGUGCUACUGCUGUUUGUGUGUGUGUGUGUGUGGGGGGGCUGAGGAAGUCAGGUUUGUAGCUGGACCCCCCCCCCCCACACACACUGUUUACGCCAAAGAGUAUUAUUUUUUUUCACACACAGACACGGCAAACAAAACAUGUCCGUGUUGAUUUUCAUCAUUCGCACGGUGUCUUUAAGGUACAGAUUUACUAAGUGUUACGUUUUUGUCUCUUUAUUCCUUUCUGGGAGAAUAUUUGCGCCUGUUAAGGUGUUUGGUAAAUCCUGGUUUGAAACACACUCUCCUUUUAGAUUUUCUAUGUAAGGGGAAAUGAGGUUCAGUCCACAAUGUGUCAUGGGACUCAAAACAUACCAUUUCUCAACAAUGCCACCCGUUUAUGUUUCCAUGUCCAGUCACGCAGCUUUCUGUGUGUAUGUUCUCCCUCCUACACACACACACACACAACCAUCUCACCUGUAGAACGACAGACGGAUAUACCUCAGUUGCCUGUAUUUACAUACUUUGUAAUAAAAAAAAAUCACGAUGACAA